AUGGGAUUCACACCGAGACGCUUUGUUGGUGUUAAACCGUCUAAAGCGCUUCAGUUGUUGUCUUUUCUGUUGACUCUGCUGCUCGUCGGUAGCCGAGGAGACAGCAGCAGUGCGAUGGACAACAUCUCCACAGAGAGGCUGGCUGAGGAGAGCCACCGACAGGACAGUGCCAACCUACUCAUCUUCAUUAUGCUGCUAACUCUCACCAUUUUAACCAUAUGGCUGUUCAAACACCGACGGUUCAGGUUCCUGCACGAAACAGGACUUGCCAUGAUCUAUGGCCUGUUGGUGGGUGUGAUCCUGCGGUUCGGCGUCCACGUGCCCCAGAGCAUGAGUGACGUGAUCCUCAGCUGUGCUGUCAACGCCAGUCCCGCUACCCUGCUGGUCAACGUCAGCGGGCGAUUCUACGAGUACACUCUGAAGGGGGAAGUCAGCCGGGGCAAUGGUCACCAAGUGCAGGACGAUGAGAUGCUGAGAAAGGUGACCUUUGACCCAGAAGUGUUUUUCAACAUUUUGCUGCCUCCGAUCAUCUUCCACGCCGGUUACAGUCUGAAAAGGAGACAUUUCUUCAGAAACAUCGGCUCCAUCCUGGCCUAUGCUUUCGUGGGAACUGUUAUCUCCUGCUUUGUUAUUGGGCUGAUCAUGUAUGGCGUUGUGUCCUUCAUGAAAGUUGUGGGCCAGCUUGGGGGAGAUUUCUUCUUUACUGACUGCCUCUUCUUUGGGGCCAUCGUUUCAGCCACAGACCCAGUGACGGUGCUGGCUAUCUUCAAUGAGCUAAAAGUAGAUGUGGACCUGUACGCUUUACUCUUUGGGGAGAGCGUCCUCAAUGAUGCCGUGGCCAUCGUCCUCUCUUCUGUUCUCCUCCGCUUGGAGAAGCAGGGUAGGCAGGGGGCUGGAGCUGUACACUCCCCAGGAGAUGAUGGCCCGGUCUGGCCAGAGGGGGAGAAGGACUGGUUGGGAGAAAACCAGACAGUGACUCCCCGCUCCAUCGGGGCGUACCAGCCUGCAGGAGACAACAGCCACAGCUUUGAGGCCAUGGCUAUGUUGAAAUCCUUCGGCGUCUUCCUGGGCGUCUUUAGUGGAUCCUUUGCUCUUGGUGUGGCCACUGGAGUCAUGACCGCUCUCGUGACCAAGUUCACUAAGCUGAGGGAUUUCCCCUUGCUAGAGACGGCUCUCUUCUUCCUCAUGUCCUGGAGCACCUUCCUAUUGGCUGAGGCCUGCGGCUUCACAGGCGUAGUGGCUGUGCUGUUCUGUGGGAUCACUCAGGCUCACUACACCUUCAACAAUCUCUCCCCCGACUCUCAGGACAGGACCAAACAGUUGUUUGAGCUGCUGAACUUCCUGGCCGAGAACUUCAUCUUCUCCUACAUGGGUCUGACUCUCUUCUCCUUCCAGUCACAUGUGUUCAACCCCAUGUUCAUCAUCGGAGCUUUUGUGGCGGUGUUUCUGGGCAGGGCGGCAAACAUCUACCCUUUGUCCUUCCUGCUCAACCUGGGCCGCAAGAACAAGAUUGGAUCCAACUGUCAGCAUGUCAUGAUGUUUGCAGGUCUGCGUGGGGCGAUGACCUUUGCUCUUUCAAUCCGAGACACAGCGACGUACGCUCGUCAGAUGAUGUUUUCAACCACCCUCCUAAUUGUCUUCUUCACUGUGUGGAUCUGUGGAGGAGGCACCAUGCCCAUGCUGUCUUUCAUGAGCAUACCUGUGGGUGUUGACUCCGAUCAAGACCACUCUAGUACAGCGGUGUUAGAUGGGUCGCAGCGGAGGAACACCAAACAUGAGAGCGCCUGGCCCUUCAGGAUCUGGUAUAACUUUGACCACAACUACCUGAAGCCCCUCCUGACCCACAGUGGCCCUCCUCUCACUGCUACUAUGCCUGCUUGUUGUGGACCGCUGGCACGAUGCCUCACCAGCCCACAGGCCUAUGAGAACGAAGGCCAGCUCCACGACGAUGACUCCGACUUCAUCCUGAACGACGCCAGCGUGAGCUCCAUGUACGCCGACAUCACCGUCAGCACGGAUGCAUCUGGAUCCCGCACCAUCAACCGCCCCUCCAGCACCGGAGGCGGCCCGUCUGAUGACGGUCUGGAUCACGAUCUCGGCUUGGCGGAACAUGAAGUGGCGAUCAGGGGCACCCGCCUGGUCCUGCCCAUGGAUGACCCAGUGGAGCCCCCGACCACUGUAACCCUGCCCCCGCCACCCUCCCCGCCACGCUCCGAACCUCGCAGGCACAGACUGUAAGAAGCCUUACACUGUCAGGAUGCAGUUUGUUGUUUUCAGCUUUAAAAAAAAAAAAAUCACAAAUCAUCUAAUUAGAUUUCACAACAAAAUCUGUUAGUUGAUUUGUUUGGAUUUUUUGAUUGAAAAACAAACUGCUUCACGUAAAAGUCGCCGUGUUGACGGGACCACCUCUAACACUCUGGUUUUAAAAUAGCCUCAGCUUUGUGACAAACUUGAGGCGCGCUUGAUUUAACUCACCAUUUAGGUGGAUUACUGUAAUCUUGAAUGUGAAUGCACUACAUAUGUAAGGCAAGGUACUGUAGAUCAAGUGCACCUCAAGUCUAAAGGUUACUUAAAAUCAUGCGAGAUGCACAUUUAGCCACCAUUGGGGGAAGCUAAAAAAAAAAAUGGGGCUGUAGUAUUUGCUCCUACGUUCGUACUACUGUGGUGUAAUGCCAGUGCUGUGAUCUACGCUCUAUAAAAACUCCCUCCG